ACUAAUCUUAUUAUAAAGGACAGAUGGUUUUGUAGAAGCGCGUAUUCAACCAUUAGACCGAUGGUGUUUCGUAACAUCAAGUGUUUUUCUUUGGAUAUACAUUUUUUGGUCAUUGAAGAACAUGAAAUGAAGACAAAAGAAGUACGUGCGCGGAGAAGUGCUCCUGCAAGUGUCUCCCAUUCAUUCUGAUUUUUAAAGUUAAUCACAGACUCCAUGUGGUGUUGAUACUCUCACAGCUCAAAAUGAAGAUGAUCACCUUUUUUUUGGUUGGACUGACAGUCCAUGUCGUCUUCUUCCUGUCCAUCUUUGACAUUUACUUCACCUCUCCUUUGGUCCAUGGCAUGACACCCGUGGCCACACUUUUGACUCCACCUGCCUCCAGACUGGUGCUGAUCGUGGCGGAUGGUUUGAGGGCGGACAGCCUCUUCACUCCACUACCCAACGGCUCAUCCAGAGCUCCUUACUUGAGGAGCAUUAUCGAGGUAAAGGGCACCUGGGGUGUUUCCCACACGCGUGUGCCCACUGAAUCCCGCCCUGGUCAUGUCGCUCUCAUCGCUGGCUUCUAUGAGGAUGUUAGUGCUGUUGCUAAAGGUUGGAAGGAGAAUCCUGUGGAGUUUGACUCUGUGUUUAACGAGAGCCGCCACACUUGGUGCUGGGGCAGCCCUGAUAUUCUGCCCAUGUUUGCAAAAGGUGCGAGUGGAGACCAUGUGUACACCCACACAUAUCCAGCAGCCGAGGAAGACUUUGCCUCCACAGAUGCAUCCAGGCUGGACAGCUGGGUGUUCACGCAAGUCAAAUCAUUUUUUCAAUCAGCGAAGUCAAACCCCACUUUGAUGACCAGUCUGCUGGAGGAUAAGAAUGUCUACUUUCUGCAUCUACUGGGCAUUGACACAAAUGGACAUGCUCACAGACCAAUGUCACAGGAGUAUCUAAACAAUAUUGGCCUUGUAGACUCUGGUGUGUCAGAAAUGGUGGCGAUAGUUGAAGACUUCUUCAGCCAUGAUGGCAGAACCUCCUAUGUGUUUACCUCAGAUCACGGCAUGACCAAUUGGGGUUCUCACGGUGCAGGACACCCCUCAGAGACGCUCACCCCAUUAGUGGUUUGGGGGGCAGGAGUGCAGAGCCCCCACAAAGUGACUGAAACUCAGCUUUAUAAUGAUGGCUACUUGCAAGACUGGAAACUGGAGCACUUUAGAAGGGUUGAUGUCAAUCAGGCUGACAUUGCUCCUCUCAUGGCUUCGCUCAUCGGGGUACCCAUUCCCGUCAACUCUGUUGGUGUGUUGCCGCUCCUCUACAUAAACAACACAGACCAGUUUAAAGCGAACUGCAUGUAUACUAAUGCAAUUCAAAUACUGGAACAGUUCAAGAUGAAAAUGAAGCAGAAAAAAGAGACAACGUUAUCGUUCCUCUUUACGCCUUACCAACCUCUGACUAAGUCAAAACAAUUAGAAUUCAUCCACAAAGCAAGAAUACUGAUGCAGCUGGAAAAUUAUGGAGAAGCUAUCUCCCUCUGUCAAUCUCUGAUAUCCCACGCUCUUGAAGGCCUCGUUUACUACCAUACCUACGACAGGUUCUUUUUAGGUUGCAGCGUGGUGCUGGGAUUUGUAGGCUGGAUCUCAUACGUCGUCCUCGUCAUCCUGAAGACUCACGCCAGCCUCAACAUGCACCCUGAUAUCCUCACGCAGAAUCCCAGUCGUACCUUGCUGAGGCUGUGUGUGUGUGUCACGGUGGUAAUCAGUGUAUUCCUGCUCAUCCAGAGGAGUCCGAUCACUUACUAUGUUUACUGUUUGCUGCCUGUGCCUGUGUGGUACUCUGUUCUUAAAGAGUCUAAAACACUGACAGACUUGAUUCAGGUCGCUCCUGCACUGCCACUCUGGAAAUGUCUCGGCUACUUUGUGUUGGUAGCAUUCGGCAUUGAGCUACUGGUGGUGAGUUUCUUCCAUCGCGCCGUGCUGACAGUGGGCUUGGCUGUGCUCUCAUUGUGGCCGAUGCUGUCAGGGCUUUUUGGGAAGGCCAAGUUCCGAUCAUUGAACUGGUUUCUGGGAUGCCUGUGUUUGGCUGCAUUCCCGCUGAUGCCUGUUGUGGGAAGAGAGCCGAACAUCAAUCUGGUAGCAUGUGCAGGUCUCCUCACUCUUUUUACAUCAGCUUGUUUCCUCUGGCCGUCCCACAAGAGGACACCACUGCACACUAAUGAUAAACAGCAGUUUGUCAUCCAGAUGUUGCAUGUGGCCGUGUGUGCGUACGUGCCCUCCCUCACACACUCCAGCCUGCAGCAAAAACAGGGUCUGCCUCUUCUCAAUCAGAUGAUCAGCUGGGCCACAUUGGCAUCUUCCAUACUUGUUCCACUGAUGAGCUCCACUCGCCUCUUUCACCGGCUUCUCAGCAUAUUCCUCUCUCUCACAGCCACCUACUUGCUGCUUAGCACGGGGUCAGAGGCUUUUUUCCCGCCAGUGUUAUCCUGGUUGAUGUUUGUGUGGAUCAACAUUGAACAGGAAGCAAUGCUCGCUGAAGGCUUAUCUGGAAGACAAGAGCUUUCCACUAUUGAUUUCUCCGCCAGCAUUGACAUCUCCAAAAUUCGCCAGCUCAAGUUGGAUGACAUCCGGCGAUCCUAUUUCUUUGUUUUUUUCAUAAUAACAGCUUUUUUUGGCACUGGAAACAUAGCAUCCAUUAACAGCUUUGACCCAGCGUCUGUUUAUUGUUUCCUGACGGUCUUCAACCCUUUCAUCAUGGGAGGGUUGAUGAUGUGGAAGGUCAUUAUUCCAUUCAUAAUCGUGAUGUGUACAUUUGAGACCAUCCAAGUUACAACGCAGCUGUCAUCGAGAAGCUUAUUCCUCAUAGUCCUUGUUAUAUCUGACGUGAUGGCUUUGCACUUUUUCUUCCUGGUGCAGGACUAUGGUAGCUGGUUGGACAUUGGCACAAGCAUUAGCCACUAUGUGAUCGUGAUGUCAAUGACCAUCUUCCUGAUGCUUCUCAGUGUGGUUACACACAUCCUCACCUCGCAAAGACUGGUUCUGUGGCGUACACGCAAGAUGCACUUCCUUUAAGUAAACAGAAGUCUAGUUAAGCCAGACAGUUAGUGUUUAGGUGGUUGUCUUUCAACAAUAUGGUGGAUGUAUUUCAUAUUCAGGGGAAUGUACUGUGCUACACAAAAAGUCUUGUGUGAUCCAUUUUUUAACUUAAGCAACAGCGGUGAGUAGAGUAGCCAAAAAUUGUACUUUAGAGCUCAGUUACUUUAAAGCAGGGCUAUUAAACUAGUGGCCCGGGAACCAAAUCCAACCCAAAAAUGACACCAUAGGACCCCAGGUUCAGUUCGAAACUUGGAGCAUUUUUGCAGCAAAUUAAUAAAAACACUAGAGUUCUUCUGUUGUAAAGAGGAACUUGGAGCACUAAACACAUUGGCAAAUUCUUGCAUUGACAUUUUAACCUGGCUAACAAACAGAACACUGUGGUACACACUUGUGGUGUACGUAAAUAACUGAGGUGUUCCUCAAGGCACCCCUUUGAGUACUCUCCUUUUCGGCAGUUUUUUUUUGCAAUAUGAGUUAUGUAACUAAGGGGUUUGCUGGAGCUUGUUUACUUCACAUGCAGUUAGUAGUCAUUCGUUCAACUUCUUUAGUUACACUAGUAGUGCUCCUCAAGUUUCCAUUUUAGGUCUUUUCUUUUUCAUCAUUUGGUUAAAAAAAUUUGUGAGAGACUUAUUUUUUUGCAACAGAUUCUUCAACUGCUGUCAUAGAUAUCAUCUUUGACUAGCUUUUUUGCCGAAAGUCCUUCAAAACGGCAGAGCGCUCCUGUAACUGGCAAAAUAAAUAGACAAACAUCCAAUGUAUACAGUUGAGGAAACUGGUUUUUCGGAAUAUACAAAAAAAAAAGAGUAAUAGUGAAGGGAGAAAUCCGGCCCCACAGUCCUUAGCUUUCUGGAAUUGUGGCCCCCAAAACAACUUAAAAAGACACCUUUCUGUUUUCCACUAUAGAAACAGACAAUGAAACUUUGUUCUAUUCUAUUCUUAGUUGAAUAUCCCUGCUUUGGUGUAAUAUGAGUCAAGUAAAAGAAAAAAGUACUCAUCCAAAUAACUCCCUUAGUGUAAGUAUUUAGUGAAAAAAAACUACUCAAGUAUCAGUAACUACUACUGAUAUAGAUAUAAAUGUUAUUUUUAAUAGUUUGUAAGUAAACAUUGACCUCGCCUUAGUAGUUUGAGUGCGGUCAUGUAACUCCCAGGAUCUGUUUGAUUGGUGAAAUGGAGUCAAACGUCACUAGUGCUUACGUUGGAUUAGAUAAAGAGUCAUGUGACAUUGCCUCCUGGAAGAAGUCUCUCUUACAAGCCAAAAUAGUUUGUCUUUGCAAGAUGUAAUCAUUAUUUUAAUAUUAUGACAUGGGGUGAUUGGCAUAAAAUUCAGUGUAACAAAGUAAAAGUAGUGUUUCUUCUUCACAAAAAUACUCAAAAGUAAAAAGUAUGUUGCAUGAAACUGUCUGACAAGUACAAUUUACUCAAAAGGUUAAUUGGGUAAAUUUAACUGAAUAAAUGUAGCACAUUACUACCCACCUGUGUUAAUAGGUUAAAGGACACACAUUUAGGUAACUUAUUGUGAUUUGCAAAGAAAUAUAGGAUAAAGUGUGACGUGUUUGUCAUUUAUUUUGGUACAUCAAUGACACUAAUGCAAAAGGGAAAAAGACGCCAUUGCAAAGUUAUUAACUAUCAUUUACCUCAGCUCUGUAUUGUAUGCAUAUGUAUUUAAAGAAUAAUGGAACGUUUUAAUCAUUACUUACAUGAACGCUUUUUUGCACAAACCUAUGUUUUGUACAGGAAUAUUUUUAUAUUAACACUUUUCAAACUGCUACUUGAGAAGAGUUUGGACUGAGAACUAUGUUUGGUAAGGGUAUUUUUUCUUCUUCAUACAUGCAGCACUAUUGUGUUGAAGGGAAAAAUUGUCCAUAUUUUUAAUUGAUGUGCUGUAAUAAAAAUGAUAAGGUCCAAUUUUUUUGGGCCUCGGAUCUGAUCCGAUUUUGAGUCCCGAGUCAAUACUUUGACAAUAGAUAAUACAAUUGAAAAUGAUUUAUAGCAAGGAACUAAAGUAAACACAUCUAUAUAUUGUUGUAAAUCUAAUGAUGCAUUACAUUUGUGGUAUUGAAUGCUACAUACAUUUUUAUAACAAAAUAAAGUGGC